GUCCUACAAAAGUACAAUGUGAUGUUUGACCAGAACAUCUCGGCACUGAAGCCACUUCAACAGAAGUCUUUGGAAAAUCUUUUGCAUCAUGGUGUUUUAUCUAUUUUGCCUACCGGAUAUGGAAAAAGUUUGUUAUAUGAACUUCUUCCUUUUUAUCAUUUGGAAGUGACUGGGAAGCCUGCAGUUGUUCUUGUCUUAGAACCUUUAAAUGUUAUAAUUGAAGGACAAAUGCAAAAACUGAAAGGCUCUUCCUUCUUUCUAAGGAAUAGUGACCAUGAUUUUAUGAAAGAGUUUGAGAAAGGAAGAACAAAGUACAUUUUUGUGCACCCAGAGGCUGUUGUUGGAAAACUGGAGGUUUACAAAUUUCUUCAGAGCAUUUCUGACCCUAUGUAUAUUGUGGUAGAUGAGGCCCAUUGCAUUUUAGACUGGGGACAUGACUUUCGCCCUAUCUUUUGGGAUAUAAAGCAACUGCGUGCUGUCAGACCAGAUGCUAAGUUUUUAGCUCUGUCCGCAACUGUUUCAUUGAAUGGUGUUGUUGAUAUUACUAAAUUCCUUGGCAUGGAAAACUCAAAAUUAAUUAAAACAUCACCAUUGCUUGACAAUCUCUCUUUGAUUGUUCUACGAAGACCCAGGAGAAAAGUGUCUACACAUGCACCCUAUGAUUACAUUUUUGAAAAUAUGGUUUGUGAUCUGAAAAGAAAAAAAGAGGAUUACCCUGUCACUCUCAUAUUCUGUGUUGGAAUUAAUUGGGUUGGAUAUGGCUAUGGGGUUGCACAGCGGAUUCUGGGAGAUGAUAUGUUUGAAGGAGCAAAAAAUAUUAAAAAUGCCAGAGUAAUGAUGUUUCACUCAUCAAUUGGAAAAUAUGAAGAGACAAAAGAUAUGAUCUACAAAAACAUUUCCAAACACCCAAAUGAAACUCCAUUACGAGUUGUGAUCUCCACUAUUGCACUAGGGAUGGGGGCAGACUUGAGAAAUGUCAGAACAGUCAUCCAUGCAGGACCACCACAAAACAUUGAAG